GAUGCCGACCGUGCUUCCAGACCUCUCUCCUGCCGCGGAGACUUUGACUGGAACCCCCCCCAGCGCCGCGUUGGUGCCUUCCGGCCCGGUCACGUGGGCGAGAAGAUGGCGGCCCCCAGAGCGUGCCGCGAGCGUCGGGGUUGGUGAAACGCUGGUGGCCGCUGUGGGCGCGGGUGGGAUCGGCGGCCUCGUCUUCCCGGAGCUCGUUUGGGCGUUUCGGCUGCAGGUAGCACGGUUCUUGUGCCCGGGAGGCCCUGGUUUCGGCGCAGGUGAGGCUGUGGAAGGCCUGGGCCCGUGGGCAGGAGGCAGCCGGCGGCGCCAUGGUGACAGAGCAGGAGGUAGAGGCAAUCGGGCAGAUGCUGGUGGACCCCCAGCAGCCCCUGCAGGCCCGCUUCCGGGCGCUUUUCACCCUCCGCGGGCUCGGUGGUCCCGGAGCCAUCACCUGGAUCAGCCGGGCCUUUGGUGACGACUCUGCCCUGCUCAAGCACGAGCUGGCCUACUGCCUGGGCCAGAUGCAGGACUCCCGGGCCAUCCCCGUGCUGUUGGACGUGCUCCGUGACACCCACCAGGAGCCCAUGGUGCGCCACGAGGCGGGCGAGGCCCUGGGGGCCAUCGGGAACCCAGACGUUCUGGAGGUCCUGAAGCGGUACUCCACCGACCCCGUCAUUGAGGUGGCCGAGACGUGCCAGCUGGCUGCCCAGCGGCUCGAGUGGCUGCAGCAGCACCGUGGGGAGCCGGCGGUGGCCGGGCCCUACCUGUCCGUGGACCCUGCUCCUCCAGCCGAAGAGCGCGACGUGGGGCGGCUACGGGGGGUCCUGCUGGACGAAGCCCGGCCACUCUUUGACCGCUACCGAGCCAUGUUCGCCCUGCGGGAUGCCGGCGGCGAAGAGGCUGCGUUGGCUCUGGCCGAGGGCCUGCACUGUGGCAGCGCCCUCUUCCGCCAUGAGAUUGGCUACGUCCUGGGCCAGCUGCAGCACGAGGCGGCCGUGCCCCAGCUGGCAGCGACCCUGGCCCAGCGGACCGAGAACCCCAUGGUGCGGCACGAGUGCGCUGAGGCCCUGGGAGCCAUCGCCCGGCCCGCCUGCCUGGCCGCCCUGCGGGCCCACACAGCCGACCCCGAGCGCGUGGUGCGAGAGAGCUGCGAGGUGGCCCUGGACAUGUACGAGCAUGAGACCGGGUCAGCCUUCCAGUACGCCGAUGGGCUGGAGCAGCUACGCGCGCGCCCCUCCUAGAGCCGCCUGUCUGCCUGCCUGCCUGCCCGCCCUGCAGGACUCGGCAUGAGCUGCAUAUAAACCGAGCUUGUGCGGAUCGGGUCUGGCUUCCCCGUCCCCCUGGGGCUGUCUGCUUGGCCUGAUCUGGCUGCUUUUGCAUCCUGACUCCCCCAGGGCCAGGCUGAGGUGUCCUGUGUCCCUCAUGGGGGGCCUGGCGCAGGGCUGCAGCACCCGGGUUUCUGGUCACGGCGGUGGGAUGUUGGCGUGGGAACGGGGGUCUGAGGGUGCAGGCCAGGGCUAUGCUCAGGGAAGUUGGGGUUGCCUUGACCCCGCCUCUUGAGGAACCAGGGGAGCCCGGAAAGGCGCUGUGGGCAAACCCAAGCCCUUGGGCCUGGCCAAGGGCUGGGGCUUCCAAGGGCUGCCCCUGGGGCCUCUGACUCCCUAGCCCGGGACUAGGCAGGGUGGGAAGGUUGUUAGGGGCUUGGGGGCUGGGGAGGGACAAGCAGACCCCGGCCAGUGACCACCCUUGCCCUCCUGCCCAGAGGCCUGCACUCAGUUAUUUUUGCCAAGCCAUGACUCUCAGACUAUGUUGGGGGCUCUGCAGGGCUGCUCUCAAGGAACAUCUCAGGGAGGGGGCCGGGGUGUUUGAAGAGCUCCAGGCCCAUGCCCUGGUUUCAUCUCCGGCCAGCCCACUCCCAGCCUGGCCUUCCGCACACCCUCAUUCUCACCCAGCCCCUAUUGGGGUUUAGUGGUAUGGCUAGGAGCCCAGGCUGUGGGUUCCCGUCCCAGCUACCCGCCUCAUUCUCCAUGUGCAGCCUUCAACACCCUGUUUUACGGCCAUAAAAUAGGCGUAACCAUAGAACCUAAUCUCACGUGGGACACAUUCCACCUGCUGUGGUCUGCCGGCCAACAACAUCCCUGCCCGGUCACAUGAGGGCAUAGAUGCCCAGAGUGGGGGUCCUUGGGCUGGUUCUGCCACACUGAUGCCUUCUCCUCCUGGCCCUUCUGAUACCAGGCACGCGAGGUCUCCACCCUAAGCAAGUCAUCUCUCCAUGGGCAUCCUACAAUUCGAUUCAGUUCUGAUGCUCACUGCCGAGUUCACGCCGGGUCCCCUCCUCACUGCUGAUGAUUUGCUCGCAUAGCUCCCAGA